AGGCCAGCUUUUCUUUCAACCACCACUAUCUUCUCUCUCACCACCCCUCAACACCCACCAAACUCAGUUUCGGAGUCGUCGAACUCCCUUGCAACCUCGCAACAACUUUCCUCAAACUUAAACGACACCUAACUACUCACUACAAUGUCUGGACGUGGCAAGGGUGGAAAGGGACUCGGAAAGGGCGGUGCCAAGCGUCACCGUAAGAUUCUUCGUGACAACAUCCAAGGUAUCACCAAGCCGGCUAUUCGUCGUCUCGCCCGUCGUGGUGGUGUCAAGCGUAUCUCCGGCCUCAUUUACGAGGAGACACGUGGUGUCCUUAAGAUCUUCCUUGAAAACGUCAUUCGUGACUCCGUCACCUACACUGAACAUGCCAAGAGGAAAACCGUCACUGCUCUCGACGUCGUCUACGCCUUGAAGCGAUCAGGCAGAACCUUGUACGGUUUCGGCGCGUAAUGCUAUUCCUCAAUCUAUUGCUUCCUUUGUGUAUCACUAUGUCUCGUCUUGUAUUAGUACUGUAAUCGUCUGCCUUUCAAACCUCGAAUCACAAUAACUUCUAGAGUUGCC